CCUUAUUUUGUCUGCUUCAGUGUCCUAUAAAUGCAAUGUCAAGACUCAUCACAAUCAGGAGUCACGUCUCUCAUUCAGCUUCAGGCAAAACAUUUUACUCAACUUGAAUCAAAACACAAGAUGAGUGGACACGGACACGGACACGCCCACGGUGAUCACGGACAGGGUGGAGAGCACGGAGGAGGAGAACAUGGAUGCGGAGGAGAAAAGGGCAAAGGAGGACAGGGAGGCCAUGGAAAGUCCGAAGAAAAGAAGGGCCAGGGACAAUGCAAAGGCCAAGGCGGGGAGCACGGAAAGGGGCACAACAAAGACUGACACAGCUCAGGGCUGUGUCCAUCCAAUGUUAAGCACAAGAACGUUGUGAUUUGAAAUGUACACUGUAAAAAUGAAAUAAAUUAAAUGUCAUGACACUA